AUGCCCGGAGCUUGCUUGGACGGAGCGAGAUCUCAGACGAGCCCGUCGGCCCGCACCAAGCUGCGCACUACAGAGCCGCUCGGGUGCGCCGCGUCGCAGUCCUCGCCGUCGCUUCCCUCGGCCAAGGAAGAUGGGACGACGGACCUGAACGGAGAAACUCGCGAUGGGAGCCUCCGAGGAUGCCUCACCGAGACGUCCAACUCGUCCGAGGACGGGCCCGGCGAGCAGCGUGACAAUGACCGGGCCCGCAAGCUUGGCCGCAACCGAACCGAAAGCCUUUCGGGCAAGAUGCAAAGAAAGGAGGCUCUGGUGGACCACGGCCAGCGGUACCGCCGCUUCUCGGUUGGCAAUGCCAAUUACCAGACCUCGGGCAAGAUCAAAAAGGACGGUCGGCUUCGCAUCACCAUCAACGAGACGGCAAACACGGGCUACAUUGCCAAGGCGCUUGGCACCGCGGCUCGUCAGAGUAUAUCAAAGGCAAAGAGCAUGAAGGAGACACCAAGCGCCGAGUCCGCUCCCAGGGAGAAUCAGGAGGCCUCGCCGCGCACCGCGCCCAACAUCGACCCCCAGCCCCGCCUCAACAUUGUCAUCAUGGUCAUUGGCUCGCGCGGCGAUGCGCAGCCGUUUCUUCGCAUCGGCAAGGUCCUCAAGGACGACUACGGGCACCGCGUGCGCAUAGCCACGCACCCGGCCUUUCGCGACUUUGUCGAAAAGGACUCGGGGCUCGAGUUCUUCUCCGUCGGCGGCGACCCGUCAGAGCUCAUGUCCUUCAUGGUCAAGAAUCCGGGCAUGAUCCCCUCGCUCGAGACGGUCCGGGCCGGGGAGAUUGGGAGGCGGAGAGAUGCCAUGGCCGAGAUGUUCGAGGGCUUUUGGAGGGCCUGCAUCAACGCCUCGGACGGCGAGCAACUAAAGGGCCAGGAUCCCAAGGCGGUCCGCGACGAGGGCCAGGACGACUUUGUUGCGGAUGCCAUCAUUGCGAAUCCGCCAAGCUUCGCACACAUUCAUUGCGCCGAGGCGCUGGGCAUUCCGCUGCAUCUCAUCUUCACUUUCCCCUACACCCCUACUCAAGACUUUCCGCAUCCGCUGGCGAGCAUCAAAAAGUCAAACAAGGACCCGGGCUAUACAAACUUCAUCUCGUACCCGCUCGUCGAGAUGAUGGUCUGGCAGGGGCUCGGGGACCUCGUCAACCACUUUCGCGUCAGGACACUUGGCCUGGACCCUGUGUCGACAAUCUGGGCCCCGGGAGCGACAUACCGUCUACACGUUCCCUUCACGUAUCUGUGGUCCCCAAGCCUGGUGCCCAAACCAAAGGACUGGGGAGACGAAAUCAACGUGUCCGGGUUCGUCUUCCUCGACCUGGCCUCGGCAUUCAAGCCGCCAAAAGACCUCGAAGAGUUCCUGGACGCAGGGGAGCCCCCCAUCUACAUUGGCUUCGGCUCCAUCGUCGUGGACGAUCCCGAUCGCUUCACCAUCAUGAUUUUCGAGGCAGUGAAACAGGCGGGCGUCCGCGCCUUGGUGUCCAAGGGCUGGGGCGGCUUUGGAGGCGACCACGCCCCCGAAAACGUCUUCCUCCUUGACAACACGCCGCACGACUGGCUCUUCCCCAGGGUCAAGGCGUGUGUGAUCCACGGUGGCGCCGGGACCACGGCAAUCGCCCUCAAGUGCGGGCUGCCGACCAUGAUUGUCCCCUUCUUCGGUGACCAGCAUUUCUGGGGCAGCAUGGUUGCGAGCGCGGGCGCGGGACCGGAGCCCGUGCCAUACAAGUACCUGGACGCCGACAAGCUGGCCGACGGCAUCAAGUACUGCCUGACUGAGGACGCCAGGCAAGCCGCGGGCACGAUUGCGGCAUCGAUUGAGCGCGACGGCGACGGCGCGCAAAACGCCGUAAAGGCCGUUCAUAGCCACCUCAACCUGCAGGGGCCCAACAGCAUGCGCUGCUCCAUCCUGCGGGACCGGAUCGCGGCGUGGAGGCUCAAGGACACGCACGUGCGGCUGAGCCCGCUGGCGGCGGACAUCUUGGUCGGCAGCGGAAUGCUGUGCUGGAAGAAGCUGCGGCUGCUGCGGCACGCAGAGUGGAACGACUUUGAAGGGCCCGGCGAGCCCGUCACGGGCGUGGCGGGCUCGCUGACGGGCACGGCCAAGGGCAUUCUUCGCGGCAUCGGCGGCAUGCCCUAUCGACUGGGCGUGACGGCCAAGAAGAGGAUCCACGUGAGGCGAAGCAAUCACCGCCGAAACAAAGAGCACAAGGGCGAGGCCGCCGCCGCCAACAUACGCCACUCGGAAGAUUCCCAGGACACCAUCGCCGAUGCCCCCAUGACCGGCCCCGGCCCGGACAAGUAUCUCAGCGACAUCGCAACCAGCGUGGGGAAAACGGCGUGGGCCAUCACCAAGGCGCCCGCGGGCCUGACGCUCGCGCUGGCUCAGGGUUUCCACAACGCCCCGCGUCUGUACGGGGACGACACGGUGCGACGACCAAUGCGCAUCACAGGCUUCCGAUCAGGCCUCAUCGCGUCGCGCAAGGAGCUGGUGCACGGCAUCUACGACGGCGUCACGGGCGUGGUGCGCCUCCCCCUGCGCGGCGCCCGAGCCAGCGGCAUGGCGGGCUUCGCAAAGGGCACGGCCAUGGGGCUUGGCGGCCUGGUGCUCAAGUCGACGUCGGCCGUCGUCAGCCCCCUCGGCUUCACCCUGCAGGGCCUGGUCAAGCAGGCCGAGCGGCGGCGGCGGCGGCCCCAGGCCCGUGUGCGCCGUGCGCGCAUCGCCCAGGGCCAGCGUGAGCGGCGCGAGCUCGGCGGCGACGCCAGCAGCCUCGAGGACAAGGUCGUGGCUGGAUGGCGCGUCAUGCGCCAGCUCAAGCGCAAAGUCAUCGAUCAGCAGCGCCGUGGGCUGGCCGGCCGGUACGACCGCGUGCGGAUGGAUAUGGGGCUCAUGUUCGAGGACGUGGACGUUGCGCGGGAGUGUUUGGCGCAGCUGAAGGCUGGCACGCACCUCGACGAGGUCGUGGGCGCGUGCGAGAAGAUGAAUGAGUGA